GGACAUUAUCACAUCCACCGCACGAUCCACUGCCCGCGCUGCCCGCCAUUGCGCCCCACGAUGCAAUGAUGCUUCAUUUUCAAGCACGAUGAGACGAUAGAAGAUACAGGCUCGGCAUUGUUUCUGCCCACGCACAUCGGCAAGACGGAUGAGCCCGCGGCCGCAUACAAAGUCUUAGCAUCGUGAAGCUGCGACGCUCGGGAGCAGAUGAACAUGGCACACGCUCAGCGCCCGCUCGUGAUCCAGACGCAGUUGGUGCGCCAGUUUUGCCCGCGCAAUGUCCGCCGGCCGGGCGCUGCGCUCUUCGCUCGGGGGCGGCAGCACCGCGCGCUGUCGACGGCCAAGGUGACGGACCACGACAUCUCGCGGCUCGCAAGCCUGCCGCUGCACCCACUCACCCUCGCCGACCUGGUCAGACACGGCCGCCCGCCCCUCACCACCCCGCAGCUCCUCACGUCGGCCAACUUCACCCUGUCCAUCCUGCCCGCCCGCCUCGCCCACCGCAUCCAGUCGCUCCGCAACCUGCCCUUCAUCGUCGUGUCCAACCCGCACAUCUCCAAGAUCCACUCCAACUACAUCCACAGCCUCUCCACGCUGCUCCCAUGGGCCGAGCGCGAGAUCACCACCCUCGAGGACGAGGUCAACUUCACAGAGGUCAUGGCCGACCUCGUCAACACGCACUCCAACACCAUCUCCAUCCUCGCCCGCGGCUUCCUCGAGGCCCGCAAGUACAUCUCGCCCACGGACGUCACGCGCUUCCUCGACGAGCACCUGCGCGCCCGCAUCGGCACGCGGCUGAUUGCGGAGCAGCACCUCGCACUGCACCUGUCGUCGCAGCCGCACGCCGAGACCAUGCAUGAAAGCGCCCACAGCGAGGGCUGGAACGGCGUCAUCGACACCGCGCUGCGCCCCGCCCGCAUCGUCCAGCACUGCGAGAACGUCGUCGGCGACAUCUGCGAGCUCAAGUAUGGCGUGCGGCCGCACGUCGUCAUCAACGGCGAGCCGGACUACGCCUUCGCCCACGUCCCCGUCCACCUCGAGUACAUCAUCACGGAGCUGCUCAAGAACGCGUUCCGCGCAACGGUAGAAAGCGGCAAGGAGAGAGAGCCCAUCGAGGUCACUAUUGCGCCGCUGCCCGAGGAGAUUCACGAGCCCCGCGACGCAGACGCCGAGGAUGUGCGCCCCAGAGUCAAGAAUGUGGACCAGGGGACCACGGAUAUCGCGAGCAACCGCUGGACAGGCAAGACGCCGACCGCGCCGUCGUCCGCGCAGAUUCUGCCCCUCGCACACAGCACGCCCGGCGUCACGAUCCGCAUCCGCGAUCGCGGCGGCGGCAUCUCGCCUGAGACGCUGCCGCAGAUCUGGAACUACAGCUUCACCACCUUCAAUGACGACAGGGCGUCGUCGACGCUGUCGGGGCGCGGCAACAGUAUGGACACCUUGAGUGCCUUCUCGGGCCCGGGCGGGGACGGCGCGAACAGUCUUGCGGGGCUGGGGUAUGGGCUACCCCUAGGACGGGCGUAUGCCGAGUACUUUGGCGGCGGGAUCGCGAUACAGAGCCUCUGGGGGUGGGGCACGGAUGUGUAUCUGAGUCUGCGGGGCGUGGGCAAGGUCGAGGAGGAGAGCUGGAAGUAUAGAUACCAGAAGAAGGACGGGGACGCAAAGUAGAUACAGCAUGCAUCACAAAAAUCGACAGUACAUAUACACACA